UUUCGAUGCGUUUGGAUUUGUGUUUGCUAGACGUUAAAAUGGGAAGAAUUAUGAUCAGGGUUAAGCCUUUGAUUACUCCUGGACAUCCUGAUUUGUUGCAAAAGUGUUAAAAUGUAGUCUACAGCAGCAGUAUAGACUGCUAGACUGUGAGGCGCGCGCUUAUUACUGCGAUCCAUGUCUUAAUGUUCUGUUUAAUGAAUAAAUAAUCAGUGAUUAUUAUGAUGUACAUAAUUUAAAUCUAGGAUUCAUGAGCCCUGAUGUAUUCAGUACAUCAUGAAAAAUGAGGAGAAACUGUGGGAAUAGCCUACAGAUUAUUCAUUUUGUGGAUUAAUGCAUAAUAGCUCUGAAAAGGCGUAAAUAGAGACCGGGUUUAAAAAGCACCCAAAUACAGGGACAUCACGCGGUAAGACAGUGUUCUGGUCGUGUUUGGGGAAAUAGGUCAGGACAGAAAAGUCAGGUGUACAGCCAUCCUUGCGGUGCAGGCAGCGUCGCGUGUCCAAGCGUGUUCACAUGGACCGCCAUGUGCGCUUUGUUUUCAGUCCGACUCUCCUCCCUCGACCAUUGGCGCGCGAGCGCUCAUUACAUAAUCUCCUCGCUGAGCCAGGCCUACUGUGAAGUAGCCACGUGAGCAGUGCUCGCGUUCUGAUUGGACAGUUCCAGACUGAACACAGGGAUGCGGGCUGCACCUCAGAACACACGUUAGGUUUAAAAGUAGGACAUGAUAGCGAUCCAAGAGAACGUAACAGCUUUUUCUCUCCACCUUCUGUUGCCAUGGAUGCAUAGAUAACAAACAGCGGAAGAUAUGUAUCUUUACGUCGGUAGCUUGCCUUAUUUCAUAACAACAUGCCACUCUUCAUGUAAUUGGCAGUCACAAUGACGUUUUUUGUUAAAAUACAAAUUUUUAACAGAAUUUCAAAUUUUGUUCCAUGUCUAAAAAGAUAUUUCCUUGGAUCAGAAAGUCUAUUUCAUAACAUUGCGCUUUUCAUAACGCAUUCACGUGUUAAACCGAAUAAUAAUUAAUAUAUGUGAGAUUCGGAGGUAAUGCGGGAUACAGAGGCUACUUAAGAAACUUAAAGCUCUUUAAAAAUGCAGUGUGAGACUGAUGGCUCUCAUGUGGAAGGCGGAUCCGCAGACGAUGAUUCGGUCUCGUUGUGCAGCCGUGUGUCUGAGACGCGCACGUGGCACGGCGGUGUGCUCGGAUGAUGCUCAAAGCACAUUACACGCAUGCGCGUUGCGGCGACGGGUUUUUCCUGAAGUGUCGCUCCGUCAAGGAGGAGUAAUCUCUUACAUCGGAUCAUGUGGAGGGUCUCCUAACCGCACCAGCCCAGUAUCCAUGUACAGCGAGAAUUCCAAUUGCAGUCUGCAGUCAUUGACACAGCCGUGCUUUGGGUCAUCUUUCCCACCUUCACCUAACGGUUCCCAUGAUUCUUCACGUAUGUACACCAGCAGCAGUAGCUCCAGCAGUUCAGCAUGUGGUGAAGACGGUAGCUCAUCAAGCUCAGGAGGAUCCCCAAGGGGGCGUGAUGAAAGCAACGUUAUAUACAACUCACCAAACAAAUCAGUUGCUACUCUUACAAAGCUAAAUGGAAUGGUCUUACUCUGCAAAGUCUGUGGAGAUGUGGCAUCAGGCUUUCAUUAUGGUGUCCAUGCCUGUGAAGGCUGCAAGGGGUUCUUCCGUCGGAGCAUCCAGCAGAACAUCCAGUACAAAAAGUGCCUGAAGAAUGAAACCUGUACUAUUAUGAGGAUUAACCGCAAUCGGUGCCAGCAGUGCCGUUUCAAGAAGUGUUUGUCUGUUGGCAUGUCUCGUGAUGCUGUCCGUUUUGGUCGCAUCCCGAAACGUGAAAAACAGCGCAUGCUAGCUGAAAUGCAGAGCGCCAUGAAUAACAUGGUGAACAACCAGCUGCAGAAUGAAUUCCAACUGGCUACUCUCAAUACCAGCACUUCAUUCUCUUCAUCAUCAUCCUCAUCGUCCUCAUCUCCCUGCCCAGGUCUGACAAUUGCUUCUCAGCCCCAGCCUUCUGCUGUGCCUGUAGCUCCUUCCCCCUCUCCACCAGCUCCAGCAUCACCUUCUGCUGAAACUGCUCAGAGCCCUCCUCGGAUUGCCACUUCUCCACCACUGUGCCCUAGUCCUGGCCUGGACAGCACCAUCACCGCCAUUACCAGAGCUCAUCGUGAGACCUUUGUCUAUGCUCACGAUAAGCUAAGUGCAGCACUACAGCCUCAAAAUGGGGUUGAUCUGGAUGGCCACAACAGUAAUUACUUUGCUUCUGGCUACAAUAUGAAUAGCCACAAUUCAAUAUAUCCAUCUAAUGCAGCUCUACAGUGCAAUAGCUUCAACCCUGAUAACAAACAACACCUUCAAUCCUUACCAGACUCUAACCAGCAGCAUCAGAGGCUGCCACAGCAAAACAAUGAGCAACACAUCCCCAACAGCAGCUGGUAUGGGGCUGAGCAGGGUAAAGGGAACAGCAACAAUAUCCCGGUGCAAAACUGCCCAUGGAAGAACCGCAAGGACAUUCUGCUGGCUUGUCCAAUGAACAUGCAUCCUCAGGCAGAUCCUAACAAGACACCACAAGAGAUUUGGGAAGAUUUCUCCCUGAGCUUCACACCAGCUGUGCGUGAGGUAGUGGAGUUUGCCAAGCAUAUCCCAGGUUUCAGCUCUCUGUCCCAAAACGAUCAGAUCACCUUACUGAAAGCAGGCACCUUUGAGGUGCUGAUGGUACGUUUUGCAUCCUUGUUUAAUGUCAAGGAGAAGACUGUCACAUUUAUUUCUGGCACCACCUACAGCCUAGAAGCUUUGAAGAGCAUGGGAAUGGGAACCCUGUUGGGAACCAUGUUUGACUUCAGUGAAAAACUCAGUGCACUAGAGCUCUCUGCAGAGGAACUGGGUCUUUUUACUGCUGUGGUGCUGGUUUCUACAGAUCGCUCUGGUAUAGAAAAUGUAAAGUCGGUGGAGAUGCUCCAGGACAGCCUGAUUAAAGCCCUUCGUACAUUGGUCAGCAAGAGCGCCCCUGGUGAUGUCUCUCGUUUCACCAAGCUGCUGCUCAAACUGCCAGAUCUGCGCACCCUUAACAACAUGCACUCUGAGAAGCUUCUCUCCUUCCGCAUUGAUGCAUGAGAAGCCUUUGGCAGCUGUUAGGUAUUGGAGGGUUUAACUGAAGGUUUUACAAACUUACCAUUGCUGCUCCACCAGCAUAUGCUUGGCUCUGAUGGUGCUCAAAGACUUGAACAAUGAUUACAGGUUUGAAGGGACACACAAGCACUAAGUGCAUCAGAACAUUGACAUGACCAUAUUUUUUUUUAAAGUUUCUUUGCAUCACAUCAAAUUAAAAUUCAAGUACUGUAACCACAAUGACCUUGAUGUUUUAAAUUCUUAAACUGAAGGACAUGAUAUGGCAUGGACACAGUGUCCCAAUUUAAACCUUGCAUUUACAUGAAAUCAGCUGGUAGCAUUGCCACAUCGCAGCUCCAGUGUCCCUGGUUCAAUCCAGUUUUGCAUAUUCUCCCAAUGUCCUCAUGCAAACACACUGUAUAGUGUCUCUGGAGGUUGCAUGGCUGAUCCACAUGUUAAUGCAAUGGAUAAAUGGAGCCAAAGCCUCAAACAAUCUUGAACUUCCAGUCUGCUGGAGUCCAGUCCAUGGGAAUCAUAACCAGAGAGCUGGGAUGAAGGAGAAUAGAGGCAGACAGAACAGUACUUUGUUACUGCAGUCUGAAUUGGGUUCCUCCAAGAGGCUACAAUACACAUAAAAUCCCAUAUUUAAAAAAUGGACCAGAUCAAUAAUGCAAAGGACAAACAAGUCAUGCAAGGGAUCUUAGCCCAUUUCUGCUGAAGUCCUUGCCACUUUGUAAAAAUUUGUAAAUAUAAAUCUAUACUUACUUGAAAUGUUCUAAAAUGUAUAUAUUCUAUACAUAAAUCUAUUUUUUGUAAAGUGUAAUUGCUCAGUGUAAAGCUAUAUAUGACAAAUAUAUAAGAUGUCAAGUGUAGUUAGAUCUCAUUUACAGCAUAAAGACUUACUCUAAAACAUGUUUGUGUAUGUUUUGCCUUCCUUGAUUAUUACAUUUUCACAAAGACUCCUUGUGUCAGAAGGACUAAAAACAACUGGGUUCUUUUGUCAAAUAUAUUAAUGUUGCUUAUAAGAUUGUCACUUCAUGUGUUAAUGCACUUUUAAUCUAAUUAGCUGUCCUGAUUCAAUUCAGUAUCUUUCUAACAUUUUCUGCUAUUAUAAAAAUGUACUCGAUGUUAGAGAUACAGUAUAAGUCAGUGUUUAUGUCCUAAUCACUGACUAUCAAGUGUUUCCAAAGUUCUAUAUAUAAAACUAACAAUUUACCUACCAUCCACCACUGAAACAGUCCUUACCUACACCAUAAUAAAAGGAAAGUUUAUUUUCU